CACACGUAUGCUUUACGGUUUAAAAUGAUAACAAAAAGAAGAAUGGCUAAACGACUGAUCUAGCGCAACAGCCGGAGAGAGACUUUGAGGCGCCACGAAUUUCGACAGAAACCACACCACUGCGAAAGGGUCAGACCACAAAAUGGUCUGAUAACAGUGGCAUUUUAUGUAAAAGAAGUAUACAUAAAAACUUCGCAAGAAGAAAGCACUAGAAAAGUCUGCAGCGACAACUUUGCGUGAGGACUGGCGAAGUUUGGUGAGAAUAUAAAUUUAAGCGAUCCAUUGGAUUAAUCACGACGACCUCGGCCUCACCAUCUCGUUGUUAAAAUCAACGUUCUUUGGAGUGAAGUAAUGAGAAUAAUAAAACUAUACUUACGGUAACUUAGCGUAAUUUCAUCUGCUGUAUUUAGCCAACAGAGACAUUAGCCGAAGCUUGGUUAACAAAUUAAACUUCAGCAAGGCCGGAGUAAAAAAAAACAGUGCUACUAAAACGUCGGCUAAGUUACCGGUUUUGUGGCAAUGUCUGUUGUGCUCUCGUUAAAGACAAUAUUAGUUGCAUUUAUAAAUAGCGAACCUUAAUUAGACCGGAGUAGCAUUAUACAUUUCUAAAAUUUCAAUAUCAGAUGUCAUUUUACUUGCACUUUUCUCACAUUAGUGGUGCUACUACUGUUGAUGGAAAUACAUAUAUAAAGGAAUCAUUUGAUUAUGGAUCCAGUAGAUGCAUUUGGUAUUUAGUGGUCUUGUGAUACUCUGCCUGUCGCAGCAGUUACUAGAAAUUGAGCGAGUGAAAAAUUUUGAAUUCGUUUCGUUCUUCAACGAAUUUAUAUGGACUACGGAUUUAAAUACGUAAAUAACCAAAUAUGGAUUACCACUCCGACAGCCCACCGGGUUGUUGCGACGCCAUCCGAACCUUACGGGGCCGUGAGCGCUGUUCGCUUAACCGUAUUCUUAAAUGCAUCGACGUAAUUGCCUUGCUCAUCGUUCUCGUCGUGCAGGGGUCGACGUUGAACUUUUUUCUCAUUAGCCGCAUGGAAGGCAGUGGCAACGGCUGGUACUUUUGGUUUCUUGCGGACUUCGCUGUUCUUCUGAUUACCAUGAGUGCGGUAUUUGUCGCAAGGCGCCAACAAAAUCACCGACUUCUCGUCAUUGGCAGCAUUCAAGGUACAACCUCUGAAAACGUAACUCUAACACGGGUACUCUCACAACAGCCAUGUCUGCAGCAACAGAAUUCUAUACUGGCUGCUGGAACGAACGGGAGCGCAUGUCAGCGUUGGAUGGGAAACUUCCCUCUGUCAUAUAUUUCAUGGCUAAUGUACUCUGGCUUACUAGCAUCCAAGGUUGUUCUGCUCAUUCAGAUGGACAUUGCGGUAAACAUACCAAAUGAAGCAUGGUAUGGAUCACAGUUUUUAACAUUGGUGAUCGGCUGCGCUGCGCUUGUAUUCGCACUUUUGGUGGAUGCACACGCCCCAGCUGAUUCCCAACAGCAGACCUUCAUCGUCUUCGUCACCGCAUAUGCCUCUGCGGAGAUUUUGGAUGCUGUCACUCUAUUGAGUUUGCUUUUCCCAGGAUCUUGCGAUCGUUCAAGUGAGUUAGGACUUGAUGAUAUUAUCCUCGGAUUAACCUGUGCCAAUUUUUUGUUGCCUACUCUCUCAAUCUAUAAAUUGGCCCAAUGUCAGUUCGGAGCUGAAACGCGCCCUAUUGGCAUUAAGUUGCUGCAUCGACUUCUGGAUCUAGUGGCGAUUAAUGGGCCCUACCUUGUUAUUCGGAUGUAUCUUUGGACUCAAUUCAACACGGAUGUAUCUGUAUUUCUCCUUAAGAACGUCAUUUUUUGUUACGCCCAUAUUCGCUCGUUUGUGCCAAAGUCCCGCGAAUGGGUCAGUCACCUACGGGCAGUAAGAGAAGGUUUACUGAAUCAUAAUCAUCACAGGUCUUUUGAUGAGACCAAAGACAAAAGGACUAUCGCAUAGAAUAGCAGUAUAAGACAGCUGGUCUGACACUACAGAUGACCCCUAAUCGCACUGCUUGCAUGAUAACCGAUACAGAAAAAAGACGUAUAUUCAUGAAAACCCUUGCGUCAUGUCACCUUCGUCAAACUAUCUUUACAUCGUGACAAGUGAUAUGGUUACUGAGCAUUGAUCGUAUAUGUACCUAGGAUUUUUCAGCAGGGCUCCCUUCGGUAAUCACAGAUAUAUAGAAAUAGAAAAAAAAUCCUCAACUAUACAAUUCCAAUUUGUUACACUAUCUUUGUCGAUUGAAGUAGCUGAAGGGUAAACGAGCUUAAAACCUUUACAAAUCUGAAACCUUGAAGAUCUGCGUACCAAUCGACUCCAAUCAAUGGAAGUUAAUUAGGUUGAUAGCUAGACGAAGCGUAACAUCACGAUAUAGCACAGCACCUUAUAAGUUAUUGUAUAUAUAUAGAAGUACUAUUCUAUUCAUUACUACUUUGCUAAACUGUAAGUAGAGCGAUUGGGGCACAAUAUUAUACUUGUGAAAUUUUAACGGUCUUAGAUAUUAUCUAUUCCUCCAAGAAAUGCAAGCACGAUGAAUGAUUGUUUUCUUCUGUAGUUGCUCGUGGCGCGGCUGGAUUGGUAGGUGGUAGUUGCUCGUAGCAGGCACCCGGGUUUUUAACUCAUUAUUUCGCAAAUAAUCUUAACAAACUCGUGUAGAUGUAUAGAUAAGAAUUGCAUACGUACCUACAAACAUUGCCUAGGAUUUAGUAACUACAUGCAAAAUAAGCAACUACAUGCACGUGUAGGUUGAUAGUGGAGGUCUCAUAUGUUUAGGGUACUUAGAUGAACAAUUUUUUUCUCGUAAGAUUACAAUUAAGUAGGAUUUCGAUUUUCUUGGUAGGCUUGAUUAGCUCGUCGCCAUCACCGAACCACGUCAAGUGUAAUAUAUGUGUAUCUUCCUAAGACAUUCUUAAUAAGACAGCAUAAGACGCAUAAGUACGACGGUGAUGCGCAUCACUCGCAUUAUGUUUUUUCGAAAUACUGUAAUUACAAAUCUACUCUUGAAGAAUAAUCCACUCAUUUUCGCGUUAAAGCGCUUCGAGAUUCAACUUAUAGAGUCCCAUCUGUAGAGAAACAAAAAAUGGGUUCAUGCACCGUAGUCUGGAACGAACUUUGAAAUUCAGUGAGAUUAAAUGUCUUGUACAUAAAACUUUUUUUGGUUGCGCUGAAAAAUAUAUUCAAAAGGUUAAAUGAUCCAAGCCCAGCUAUCCUAAAAGAAUAUGUUGGGAAAUGUCCUUAAUUUUGAUUCCGUUUCGUUACUUUGUUAUGCAAAACUGCUUCAGGUAUGCUAACAUUUUUAGGACGAGAGCGCACUUGAGUGGCGGGGCAGGGCUUUCUUUGGCAGCAUUUCAAGUUGGCCCUUUCUGUAAAAUUUUUGAGCCUCCCUGAACAAUGAGGGAUGACCUUCGAUGCGAGAGUGUUAAAUCGUUUUAAGGAAUCACUAAUGUUUAGAACACUACUUUUUACAAAAGAUCUUUGAUUUCACAAAACUCGCGUAAGUUUUCCUUGCUGUCUUUCGACCCUGUAACUACCAGUUUCAGACCUUCAUGUUGUGUCGCGAAAUAUAGUUAUCGAUUAGUUAUGCUCUAGGUGAAGAACUACAACGCGCGUUUAACGAUAGUUAGUUUGUAUGACAUUUGUAGCACUAGAGUUUUGCAGGUCACUGAUCCCAUAUUAAAGUCAUGGCGGAAUGAUGCACUAUAACACCUCUAGGUUAGAUCUCGGUAUCAGAGUAGAUACUCAAACUGGUAUACUUCGCUCGCUAUAUGGAAUUCUGGUAACAAACUAUUUUAAUUUUUUAUUAAAUUUAACUCUCUAUUUUUAUUAAUCACAUUUUAACCCAAAUAUACAACUAUUAAAUCAUAUACUACCAUAAAAAUUAAAAAUUUAAUCGAAAUCGGAUAUACAAAACAAAAACACGGCAUUUUCAAUCUUUCUGCUAAAAAACAAUGACAUUUUGAAGAAAUAAACCUUAAAAAUUAUUAAUCCUGGAUACUACUUAUGACAACUUGUGCAAGUUUAUUACACGGUCUCUAAUAAGAUACACAAAAAACACAUGUUUGUUCAAGGACAACAGCGACGACCGAAUGAAGUAUAUCCUUCAUGCCCUAGCAGAACGUCCUAGCAAAGAUCAAGUUAGUUAAUAAGGGUUUAAAUGAAUAGAUUUAAAAAUGUCUUAACGGUAGUUAGAGACAAGCCCCAUUGAAAAUUUAUUGAAGUUUCACGUUUCCUAAAACUCUCUUGCUGUCAAAUCAUAUAAGCUUGAAAAGCAAAAUCUAUGAAAAAAAAUUUAUUGUUGGUACAAGUUUUUGCUAGUCUCGAAUCACGUUUUUGAAAAAUUUCAUUUAAGCCCUAUUACGUUUGGAUAACGUUUGAACUCUCUCUUUCUGCUGUUUUGUAGCAGUGUGUAUGAAAAGAACAGCGGAUUUUACAAUGCUAGUCAUACUGGCUAGAAUUCAAGGCUGUUGAGAUUUCAGGCCUUCAAUGGACUGAAAACGGUAUUUAUUAUCCUAUGAGAUCUAUACAUGAAAUCAUAAGAUAUCGAGGAAAGUCUUGCCUUCCUUCUGUGCAAAUGUGUUAAAUCUGAACUCCACCAAUAUUACUUAAGAAGAUACAGACGUUAAAAAAUGUUUACUUAAAAUAUUAAAGUUCAAAAUAUUCACAUUUUAUCAUAACUAGGAUUCACGAAUCAAAUGCUGGGACUCUGAUUGUAUUCCUAGAUACUGCUUUUCUAUGGACAGUAAAUCGUAAAAAGUCAGAGACUCAAAGUGAGUCUCUGACUUUUUACGAUUACGGACUUUAUUAUUAAGUGUAUAGUAGUAGUAGUAGUAUUAAAGUACCUUACUCAAAAAAUAUUUUUACCCUACUUCUCAAAUCUUCAAAAUCUUCUCAAACCUUCUUCUUCAAAUAAAAAAAGGUAGCGCAAAAAUUCUGAAUCUAAAGUAAAAUUUCUACUUAGAUUACGGCUUACCUGAAAAAAUCGGAUUUCGGAAUUCUAUAUAUUUUUUUUAUAAGGAAUUUUAUAAGGAGAAGAAAAACUCCGGUAUAUUCCCCUUCGGUAUAUUAUUGUGAAAGUUUAAUUUAAGAUUUUGUUUAUAUACAACACAGCUUGGCAGCCAAAUACACCUCACAUUUUACUCACCUAGACAUACUAACAUAUUCGAGUCUAGCACCUCACCGCUAGAUGCUGCAAUGUUUCUCAGUCUCCUGUUUUACGCAGAACUGCUUACAGGUUAAUUCGUGUCUUUUUUAUUUCAACACUUCUUAUUAUCAGUAUCUCCAUGUAUAUCGUUAAAAGUUAUAUGAAAACCAAUCGUUUAUUUCGCAGCACUUAAAAUACUAAUAACAAUAACGUAAAAACGUUUAUUAUGAGCGCGUAGGCUUCAUGGACAUUAUACUAGAAUCGCAGUGAAGCCAUAUGAUUGACAUACGCACCACAUAAUGCUUAAGAUACAUGUAUAGAAUUACUAAAGUUGUAUUGAACGCGGCCGGUAUUUCUGGCUGGUACUUCAACCGUAGUUUAUAAUACUGUAUAAUGAACAAAAUAUUAUGAAGAGAAACUGUUCUAAAAAAAAAACUAAGGACGAUGCUGGGUCGCAUUCUCAGCGUACUGGUACCACACCGAAGUCCAUCCAAAGGGCGCAAAUAUAAGCGAACGUCUCGAUUGGUUAAAGAUUUACAACACGAUCACCUGUUACUGAUUUUUGUGGUACGGGAAAAAUCUUACCGUUUUGCGUAAUAAGAUAAAAAAAAAAUAUAUCUUGUAGGUUACAUGUAUAUAUACCUUAGUUUGGUAUCAUUUACGCCGAGAGCUAAUUACGGAUUACGUAACCCUUUCUAACUAUUUUUUUUUUUUACUGAGUUGUAUAUACGCGUAUUUUUGCUCGAGAUGGUAUGCUAGCACAUAACCAGUACAUAACAUAGGCUAAGUCUCAAUAUGUAGAAAGCAUGAAAAUGCCGGUUUUCGUCACAAAAUUAUUACGAUUCGUAGAUUAAGAAAAUGUACUGUUCUAUAGGCGUGCAAUGUUUUUAUCAUGAUUUUUAGUUUGAGAUUCUGCGUCAAAUACUCAGCGGUGAUAGUCUGAAACGAUAGCGGACGUAAAACCUACUAUUUUAAGCCCGUGGUGAUGAAUGUAUUUAUCAAGUGAAAUGCUAAAACCCUCAUUUAGCCUGUAAGUAUGUCUCUUAAUACCAAUAAAUUGUGUAAUAGUUUUAGUUAAUUUAACUUUUUUAACAUAUAUAUCAAAUACAUUUUCUACUCUGAUUUCUUGUAGUGUUGGAUAUAUUGUCUGUCUAUUUAUUAAAACUGCUACUACUAUAAAUACUACUAAACAUCUUACUUAUACACAUAUAUAUAUAUUCUAGAGUAAUACAGGUAGCUGUGGCACUGACACUUCAGACCACCACCCGAUUAACCUUGCCGAGGUCCCUCUUAGGGACAGGAUCGCGGAGGAGGCUAAAGCCAAUGAUUAGGGGUCGUCCACUAAACGCCAGCCGACUAACCGAGUCCCAUACUGUAACUUUAACGAUUCGCUCGACUUUGAAAUCGAACACAGACCCUAUACUUAUCGGCAGCUACAUAGACAUGUAUAACACGUAUGAACUCCCAUCGUGCAACACAGAACAAAUAAAGAUUGAUAGUCAGUCUGGUGGUGCCGAAAGCCUCGCCUAGCAGAUCGUUACCACAUGCUUUUAUCAAGUUUCAAUAGGGUAGGCAAAAGCAAACCGUAUUGUGCUAAAUUCAAAUGCUAUACAUAUUUCUAUAUCCGCUGUCAGAUUGAAAUAUAUCGUACCAAGAUGUCGAAUAAUCGUUGUACGGAAAGCGUCACUUCAAUAAUGCCAGUCCUUUACAUUAACCAACAGAGCAACGUAAAAGUCAUCUUAUAGCUAGUAUGGAUAUUUUGGC